UACAAUAAAUCACUGUUGUCAUGUAUAAACACACGGUCAAAUCAAAACUGUCCCAGGCACGCAGCACGCCACCUGUGUCCACUGCCACGCCUCAAAAGCAGGCGCACCAUGGCCUGGGGGCGGGUAAGAAAUUCUUCUCAAGCAUACGCCACAAAAUCGAGGAUAAUCUAACACCCAAGCUGAGYGGCAAACUCUACUACAAGGGCAGCAAGCACACACGCUCGAUGAGCGCCCUCAGUCUGGUGGACAAUGGCGGCUGUGUGGUUGGCAAGUAUACGCCGAAGCCGAUAGUGGCACCAUCGGAGGCUCCGGAAAGUAGCCCAUUGAUGACGCUGAGCAGCAGCAGUGUGUGCAGCUUUGUGGACAGCGACGACGAGGGCCAGAUGAGCCUGAGCCUGAAUCUCACACAGCAAUCGCUGGAGGACGAGAUCUUUGCGGAGCUUGAGAAAGUCGCGCACGACGAGAGCAAACUGAACGAGGUGCUGCAGAGUUUCGAUCAAAUAUUGCAGGAGUAUCCGCCGGUGGAGGAGGAGCAAGGAGUGCAGUUCGAGCAAACGCUGCCGGUGCCGGUGGUGGUGGCGUUGCCGAUGCCGCUGCCCCCACCGCCUGCUCAGUUCUGCGAUCGACAGCUGCUGUCGAAAUCGCACAGUACCCUGAGCAUCGCCUCGAGCAGGAGACAAAUCUAUCAGACGCCCGAGUUGGCCAAUUCGAUGCUGUUGCGCCGCAGCGACUCCAGAUCGAAUCAGCGCUACAAUUCGCUCUGCGACAUUAGCCAGCUGAGUGGCAGUCGGAUACCCAUAUCGAAGCACUCGAGCCUGCGCUGCCUGGAGAAGAGCAGCCAGGCCGGCAGCAAAGUGCAGCUGACGCCGCCCCAACCACAGAAGCAGCAACGUACCCGGUCCAUGCUGACGCUGAACAGCCGCAGCUGCAGCAGAGCCAGCCAGGCGGCAGCCAAAGUGAAGCCACAGMCAAUGCCUGUGUCUGUAAUARCGCCCAAGCGAGCCAACUCGACGCUGGAGCGUCGCCAGUUGGCGGCCAAACCGCCGAGGCGGGCCAACUCAACGCUGAAAGCUGUGGCCAGCCGAUCGCCCAAUGCGCACACAGAUGAGCUGCUGGUAAAGUGCCUGGCCAAGGGUCAUGACCUGCUGCGUCAGGUGGAGAGCAUCAGUGCUGGCAAACCGCGGCCCAGUCGCGGCGUUAACAAGGAGCACACACAGCUGAUGCGGCACAAAAAGAAACAGCAGCUGCACUACGCCAACGAAGAGAAAGUGGGCAAGCCCAAGCUAGAAUCGUGCAAGAUAAUACCGCCCAAGCUGGGCGAGACCUCGGACAAAAACCACGAACUGCUGGUCAAAGUGGUGCAACAGCCGCCGCCGCCGAAACCCAUAAAAACUGUUGAACACAACUCGAACUGCGACUCGGACGACUCUGGCCACAUAAGCAACACGGUUCUGUCAUCCACGAGCAAUUCGACUGGAAGUCUGUGCGAAUGCGAGGGCGAUGACGAAGACGUUGAGCCAGAGCCACCGCAGAGCUGCUGUAGGCCCAACAAAAUUGCGCAGCUAUUGCAAAAAUUCGAGGCGAAGUCGCAGUGCCAGACGGACAGCGGGCAUAAUAUGAAUGCGAUUACAACGACGACGACGAAGGUGGCGCAGGUGCGGGCGGUGCGCUGCAUACAAACACAGGUGGAGAUCUAUCCCACCUAUAUGAAAGAGGUAACUAUGCAGCUGCACUAGCCAGCGAGUCCCCAGCAAUAAUGGUGUCCUACCAUAUCUAAAUUUAAAUUAUCUAUUAGAACUAUUUCUUAACUAUUAACUGGAAUAAAUACUGUUUAAAAACAAAAACCUCUACCGCUUAUCUUCUGUUCUCUAUUCAACUUUAACACUUGGUUUCGGUUACUUUGUUGCCUUUGUUUUUAGUACUUUUCUUGUAGCUCGUCUCACCUCAAUCCCCACCACCUCAUCUCGAUCGUAAAACCCGCAUAUACAAAUACAAAAUACACACAAACACACAGAAAUACACACACCCAUUUUCCCGGUUAGUCGCAAUUUCACAUUGGUUUACUUUCAUUUUUGAUCUACGUGCGCUGCAUAAUUAAAAAUUUCGAAAUAGUUUCUCGAAAAACGUCGCAAAUUCAGAGACACAUAGUUGACACACCUUGGCAAGGUGCGUCCGAUUCCGAACC